CCCACUCCUGCCUGGCGCCACGCCCACUUCCGACAGGCGGCCCGCCCCUCCCAGGGCUGCGGCCCAUGGGACGUUUACGGCCCUGGUGCCGCAAAGCGCUGAGUGUGGCGGUGCGAUCGGCUCGUUUCCCGGAACCCGGGGCUGCAGGUAUGUUACAUAUAGAAGUGGAUUAAUUCCAUGUUAAAUGAAAAUGGCCAAUUCUUUACGAGGAGAAGUACUGGCUCUCUAUAAAAAUCUGCUGUAUCUUGGACGGGACUAUCCAAAAGGAGCAGACUAUUUUAAAAGGCGUUUGAAGAAUGUUUUCCUUAAAAACAAGGACGUGAAAGACCCAGAGAAGAUCAAAGAGCUUAUUGCACGGGGAGAAUUUGUAAUGAAGGAGCUAGAGGCCUUAUACUUCCUUAGAAAAUACAGAGCUAUGAAGCAACGAUACUAUUCAGAUACCAACAACUAACCAAUCAUUGCCACCAAUGCCUGGCUGACAAUCAGUGCUGUUUGUGUGUAUCAACUAUUAUAAAAUAAUCCAAUUUACAAUGGCAAGAUAAAUGUUUAAAAAAAAACCAGUUGCCCUACUGUACUAAAAUACAAUUCAACCUCACAGAUACUGAGAGCUUUACUCAUAAUCCUUUAUGCUCAAGUUUUAAUAUAGUUACUUUAGCACAUUGCAUGAGAAUACAAUUGUGAAUGAAAAUACGCCUAAUUUUCUAACCUGCUAUAGCCAAUUAUCCUUAGUCUAUUUCUCCAUUUACUGAUAAGACUGUAAUUAGCAAGUGAAUGGUGUCUGACACGGUUACCCUUUAGCGUGUGAGCCCUUGUUUGGUUUUUCCCUCCAUCUAGUGUGUGGAAGUGCAUUUCAAGGGUCUCUACACCUCCUCAAAAAUGAUUUGAAUGCAGUUAUCAAAAUAAGACACAUGAAAGUGACUUUGACCUGGAGAUGCUCAGUAGAUGGCUGGCAUUCUAUAGCUAUUAUUCCCAUUAUUCUUGGUGCUGCUAACUCCCCUAAGUCCCAAAAUCACCUGUCCUGCUUGGACUAGCUUUCAUGAGGAAUGGUAAUGUUCCUGUUUCCACGAUUAAUGCAGGCAUUCUUUUUGUUUGCCCAUAACAAAGCUAAUGUGCAGUGGACCUAGCACAAUCACGACUGCAAGUUUAUGCAAAAACUUAAAACAUUUAUGUAAUAUUUUUAGCAACUUUACAAAUAAAGAACUUUCCAACUCA